GUCUACGAAGGUACCAGAGGCAUCGACGUCAAGCAUACGGUGUGCGAGUUCACAGGUGAUGUGUUGCGGAUGCCCGUCAGUGAGGACAUUCUUGGAAGAACUUACAACGGCACAGGGAAACCAAUUGAUAAGGGUCCCCCUAUAAUCGCUGAGGACUUCAUGGAUGUCAAUGGAAUGGCUGUAAAUCCAUAUAUGCGUGUAUAUCCGAAGCGAAUGAUUGAAACAGGGAUAUCGACCAUUGAUGUGAUGACCACAAUUUCCAGAGGGCAGGUGACCUUGCAUUGA